GAUAACCUUUUCCAUUUUGUUUUCAGACUCCCCUCUCACAAAGAUACUUGCUUUCCAUUUUGAAAAGGGCUUAAAAGACCAGACACCCACUUCUUGGAAGAUGGACAUGACCCAAGCGUCCUUAGACGUGCAAUCCUCAUCCCGAGAAACUCCCCGAUAUCCAACGACCUUCCGAGUCUGGCAGCGUCGCACCAAAACGGGAUGCCUCACCUGCCGCUCAAGAAAGAAGAAAUGCGACGAGACCAAGCCGCAGUGUAAUGCAUGUCGACGCAACGGGAUAAGAUGCGUCUGGUUCCAAGAUAACCAAUCCAAUGCCCUUCAGAAUCUACACAGAAAUGAAGCUCUUACCCUCCCAAAUUACAACUAUAGGCUCUUUCAUAACGAAGCAUGUAACCUUACCAAUGUAUCCUCACUCCUGCUACAACAUUACACUUCUGAAACAGCUGUGAUACUACCAGCGGGAAAGCCCUCUCUGAACCCAUUUAUUUCUUUUGUUCUUCCUCCAGCUGAGACAGAUGACGUGCUUAUGCACGCGGUCCUAGCCGUGAGCGGUGCACAUUUAUCCUUUAGGUUACAAGAUGCGGUUGAUGUGGAGGUGGCUACACGGAAGCACUAUCUACUUGCUAUACAUGGCGUUCAAGAAGUCAUAACCGGUGGCCAAGUCAACGAUAAGUCUGGUAUUCUCCGCCUACUCUUGGUUGUCUCAUUCUUGUCACAAUACGAGAUUCUGAUGAACACACCAAAGCUUACCUUGUACCUUCAUCUGAAGGCGAUUCACCAUCUCUUUCUGCACCUCCUGGGUCUGGGAUAUCGACCUCCGCUCGACUUACAAGAAUUCGAUAUGAUACUGAGCUUCAUAUAUGAAGGCUUCAUAUUUCUUGCCUCCUGCAACACUACUCAAUCGAUUGAGAAUAAUGACUUGUUAUCUGAAUCGAUCACUGACCACCUUCGUCCAUUGAUAAACUCACCUUGUUUCGGGUCCAUGCUGGCGGAUUCUCACUCUCUAUUCGAAAUGAUCCCACUUAUCCAAAAGCUACAUCUCUCACGUUUGACGUUCGAGUCAUUGGGUUUACCGACCUUGUCGCGUGAACUUUGGACAACUUACAAGACAUUGCAUGAUUUAAUCGAGUCUUGGACGUUACCAGAAGCAAGUACAGAGCGGAUAAUGGCCGGCGACGUCGUACGCAAUGCGUUGACAAUCUUUCUAGAGUGCGCUCUGACAGGCUAUGAACAAUUAGACCAUGAGAGUAUUGAGACAAAGGCCAAGAUUGUGAUCGACACAGCUGUGCAACUCGAGGACUCCUCUUAUGCAACCCAUAUCGUUUGGGCCCUGGCUGUCGCUGGAUCUUCCGUAACCGACGAGAUCUAUCGUAGAAAGCUUGUGGCAUUUCUUAGCAGGUCGCGUUACAAGAUGCGGCACCUGGUAGUUGUACAGAGGAGCCUCGACUUGUUUUGGGCUGAACUGAACCCAACGAUGUUUGGACCAUUUGAGUUUCAAGGACUGAUGGAGAAAUAUGGAAUAUCGCUAUCUAUCAUACAGUUGAAGUGUGAUGAGACUUGGCCGUCUUGCGGAAGAUGUACUCGUCUUAGUAUAAACUGCUCUGGCCCCAUUAUCCGUCUGAGAUGGUCACAAAAGCACCAAGCACGUCCCGAUAACAGUGGAUUCCAGAAGCAAACAACACGUGCGAAACAGAUUCUACAGCCAUCGACGAUGAGACACUCCAGCUUCACAAACCAGCCAGAAGCUGCCCUUCUAGAUCCAAACUUCUCUUCUUUGCCAUCGGUAUUUGACCCUUCCGUCGACGGAAACUAUGUCCCUUCUCCCUCCAGCAACAGCCACGGCGGUAAUGGCUGGAUCGACGAAGCGUUUGGAGACAUGAUGCCAGAACUCAUGUCAUUUGGUCUCAUGCCGCAUAGUACUACGACAUCAACCCAAACGCCAGAACUGCUGCAAAUGGCAGACGAAUUCGGCCCAAGAACCGAGACGGCGGAGUUGAGCCCAAGGGAGCCACCACACGAGGAGGGAGAGAAUUCAACAACACCCAUGGCAUCUUUACCGAUUUCAGGGUCACUUGAUACGAACCGACCGCAAGUUGCCUCAUCUCACUCGAUGCAGGUCGCUGGGACGCCGCCACUCCACGCCACGACAGUUGUCGAUCGACCAUUCAACGACUACAGUACCAUACUUGUCGAAUAUUACUUCAAAGAUACAGCCGCUAUACUCGCCCUAUACGAUAGCGAGAUGAACCCAUUCCGGUCAACCGUGUCCCGUGUAUGGGCAUCCUCCGAGCUCAUAUACUAUACACUGCAGAGCAUGGCUGCGUCGUUUCUCUCCAAUGUCUAUCCACAGUUGUUACAUACAGGACUGCACUUCCGACAAAAAGCCAUCCACAUUCUCAAUGGCCUCGAUGAACCCGCCAUACAUGAACAGACGCUGAUAGCCUUGUUCAUGAUUGGUGGAACAGCUAGCUGGUUCGAUGUCAACGACACUGGUUCCGAGUAUUUUCCACGCCUCAAAAGACAUGUACAGGGCCUCAAGACUACCGAUCGCAUGUCACCUACAGGGCAGAGUCAGGCCUUCUUCGAGAACACUUUGGCUUGCUGGGAAAUGUUCCUAGCUUUUGUGGUAGAUGGCGAUGAGAACGACCAUUCACCUUGGCAAGCGACAAGUACAGAACCAGAAAUUGGAUCGAUAUUCCCCGUCGUCCAGAUACCACAUCCGGUAACUGGAGUCGCCCAUGAGAUCCAUACUCAUCUCGCAAGGGUCGGUCGGUUGGUCAGAAGAAAUCGCCGUCGUGCCAUCUCGAAACACUUCUUCACACGGGACAGUAUCUUGGAGGCACAGCGCGAGGUGGAUGAAGCAACGGAAUUAGAGAUAUCUCUCACCAACCUGCAGAUUCCGUUAGAGUCCGCCAUAGUGCAAACGGGUGACUCACAAACACCGACCUGGCAUCUCACAGCCCUCGCGGAAGUGUAUCGCCUUGUUGGCCUUAUUCAGCUGUAUCAUGUCUUUCCUGACACCCUUAUAUCAAGGAUGAACCUCCAGAACUCACAUCCUGGGGGAGAUAUCUCUGGUGUAUCUGCCCAUGAAGCGGAGGAGAGGUUAAGACAAUUCACGCUGCGGGCUGUUGAGAUCCUCCGCUCAAUACCUGCGGAAUCUGGGACCAAGGAUUUCCAUCCAUUCCUGAUUGUUGCCGUGUGCAGUGGACUGACGAUUCCAACAAUGCAAGCGUCGGCUUCUGUCCAGACCAUGGCGGGCUUGGAAAACUCGUUGCCUCUAGUAGCGGCUGAUGUUCAUCGGGCUCGGGGGUUUCUGAGGGGUCGACUACAGCUGCUUUUGCAUUCUCUCCCCAAGAACCCAGUUCAGCGGUGUAUUGACAUAGUUGAGGCUACUUGGGCAGAGACAGACAAUCGUCAUGGCAUUUCCCGUGGCCGGCCUGCGUACUGGAUGGAUGUGAUGAUGCAGAAUCACUGGGAGACUUUUAUGGCAUGAUAAUUGCCAUCGGCUCUGCAAUGAUAUCUUUAGCAGCGAUGAAUCUUGGCGUGGGAGACGAGAGCUGCCUUGGUCUCAUAUUUCUUGACGAAAACAAGACAGAUUGCCUCAAUUGACACAUGUCUCGAUUGC